UUUUGACUUCUGAUUUUUGACCCUUUUCUUCGCUGCUCAUAAUCGUUUCGAUUCUUUUCGAAUUACAUUUAAUUCAUCGAAGUUGAAAAUACAGAUCGGCUUUAAUUGCUCCAGAGCUCCAAAAAGGCUUACUUGGUCGAUUGGUUUCAGCGUAUAUAAAGGAAAAGAGCUCGUUUCGGAAUUGGGGUUCUGCUGAAACCGGUUACGGAAUUCAAGUUUCUACAAAUUUACAUGUGGGUUUGAUCUCUCGGUGGUUUUGGUAUAUGGGUUCCACGAAUGGUGGGUUUGGAACGGCUUUUUUAAUUGAUAUGGAUUGUUUUGGUGAUUGGAGCAGCAGCAAUGUAGAGAAAGGCUUUGGUAUCUGAAACUGAAGGUUUAUAGUAAAAGAGGUGUGAUGGAGAUAUCAUUUUUAAAAGCUCUCCUCAAUGAUAUCUCUCACUUCAGUAAUUUAUCUUCUUGUCACAAGAUAAACUCUGAAUUGGUCCAAAAGUAUUACAAAAAAUUAGAUGAGAUAUUGAAGCUGUUGAGGCCAAUACUUGAUGCAAUUCUUGAUUCUGAAGUAGCUUCAAAUGAACAGCUUAAGAAUGUAUUUGAAGAUUUGGAUGGGUUUGUUGUCGAAGCUGGGGAACUUAUCGAAAGCUGGCAUCCAAUGACGAGUAAAGUUUAUUUUGUGUUGCAAAUCGAAUCAUUACUGACAAAGAUUCAGGCUUCUGGUCUGAAGCUUCUCAGGGUUCUGAACUCUUUGCAUGAGUACCUCCCUGGUGAUUUGAGUUCAUCAUCUCUUGAGCUCUGUGUUCAGAAACUCCAGGGUACUGGAUGUGAGCAGGUGUCAGCCGUCAUAAAACAAGCUAUUAGAGAUCAAAUGGAUAAAGCCCUAUUAAGCUCAGAGAGCCUGGUGAAGAUUGCAGACUCCCUAUGCUUGACGUCACACCAAGAUCUUCUAAUGGAGGCUGUGGCUCUUGAAAAGGAUAAGGCAAAGGCUGAACAAGUUGAAAAGGAGGGAGAGGUUGAGUACAUAGAUCACAUGAUUGCUCUUGUCACCCGUAUGCAUGACCGCCUUGUCGAAAUAAAGCAGUCACAGAGCACCAACCCUGUCUCCAUCCCUGCUGAUUUCUGCUGCCCUCUUUCCCUUGAGCUGAUGACAGAUCCUGUCAUUGUGGCCUCGGGACAAACCUAUGAGCGGGCUUUCAUCAGGAAGUGGCUUGACCUUGGUCUCACCGUUUGUCCCAAAACCCACCAGACUUUGGCGCACACUAACCUAAUUCCCAAUUAUACUGUUAAAGCUCUAAUUGCAAAUUGGUGUGAGUCAAACAAUGUGAAGCUGCCAGACCCUGUGAAGUCUCCAAGUUUAAAUCAACCCUCAACACUUCUUGCGCAUGCUGAUUCAGGUGCCAGAGACUUGCAUAUCCCACCACAUUCAGUUCAUUCUCCCACCAGGAGCAACUAUACAAGGUCGCCUGAGUCAACUAGGUCCAUGGGUUCACCAAAUAAUAGCUUUUUAUCAUCUAAUGGAGCCCAUCUAGAGGGAACUUCUCCUUCACAUCCUCGUUCAGCAUCUGAAGAUGGGACUGGAAAUGGACUUGCGCUAGAUGUUGGUAGAUUAUCACUCAUGAACUCUGAGGAUAGGGCGGCCAACUUAGGGGAGAGAAAUCAUGCUUCAGGUGCUCAACCUUUGGUGGCAUCAAGAAAAGAACUUUCUGAAGGAAGUGGCACUGGUGAACAGUUUCAGGGUCAUAAUCGUAAUACCUCUGUAUCCAGCACAGUUUCUAAUACAGAUUAUAUCCAAGGAACACCACGGGAUACCAAUGAGGCGUCACGGUUGUCCAGUGAUAUGAUUCAUUACAGUGGUGAAAAUUCUGGGGAGGUAACAUCUGAGCCUCUGGGUCCAGCUACAUUAGUAUCACAUAGAGAACCUGAAUUUCCACCGCCGUUAGAGACACGAUCUAGAAGCCAAACGAUCUGGCGUCGGCCAUCUGAAAGAGUUGUUCCAAGGAUAGUCUCCUCACCAGCUAUUGACACAAGGUCUGAUCUUUUGGUUAUUGAGACCCAAGUUCGGAAGUUGGUCGACGACUUGAAAAGUACUUCUGUUGAUGUGCAAAGAGCUGCCACAGCUGAAAUUCGUCUUCUUGCUAAACACAAUAUGGAUAAUCGGAUUAUAAUUGCAAACUGUGGGGCCAUAAGCAUUUUGGUUGGUUUGCUUCACUCAACAGACACAAAGACCCAAGAGAAUGCUGUUACAGCACUUCUCAACUUAUCGAUCAAUGAUAAUAACAAAACUUUAAUAGCAAAUGCUGAUGCAAUUGAUCCCCUCAUUCAUGUGCUUCAGACAGGAAGCCCUGAAGCGAAAGAGAACUCAGCUGCCACCCUUUUUAGCCUUUCCGUUAUUGAGGAGAAUAAGGUCAAAAUUGGUCGAUCUGGGGCAAUCAAACCUCUGGUAGAGUUAUUGGGCAAUGGAACCCCUCGGGGGAAGAAAGACGCUGCUACAGCUCUGUUCAAUUUGUCUAUAUUUCAUGAGAACAAGACCCUGAUUGUGCAGGCUGGAGCAGUGAGAUACCUUGUUGAGUUGAUGGAUCCAGCAGCUGGGAUGGUUGAUAAGGCAGUCGCUGUCUUGGCAAACUUAGCAACAAUUCCAGAAGGGCGGAAUGCAAUUGGUCAGGGGGGAGGGAUCCCAGUCCUUGUUGAAGUGGUUGAACUGGGUUCAGCAAGGGGAAAGGAAAAUGCAGCUGCAGCACUGCUACAGCUCUGCAGCAGUGCUAGAUUUUGUAGUAUGGUACUUCGAGAAGGAGCUGUUCCACCAUUGGUGGCACUGUCGCAGUCGGGCACACCACGCGCCAAAGAAAAGGCACAAGCUCUUCUUAGUUACUUCAGAAACCAGAGACAUGGUAAUGCAGGAAGGUCCUAAUAUUUACGUGCAAUCGAUCUAACUUCCACGACUAGUGGUGACUCAGUUGUGUGAAGAAAUAUUUUUUUAUGUGCGACUUACCAAUGCAGCAAAUAAUGCAAUGAAAUGUUCUUGGGAUGUUGCUUGCUGGUAAUAAACCAAUUUGUUUAUAAGGGGACGAUUGGGGUUCUCUCAUGAGUUCAUGUAUAUGCAUUUUAGAACAUUAAAUUUU